AUGUCUUUCAACUGCUCUACAAGAAAUUGCUCUUCCAGACCAGUUGGAGGUCGUUAUACUGUCCCGGUGGGCCCAGUUGCCACAGCUUCAGCCCGUGGUGAUGCAGACUGCCUGAGUGGCAUAUACUUGCCCAGUUCCUUCCAAACUGGUUCCUGGCUCCUGGACCACUGUCAGGAGUCAUGCUGUGAGCCCAGUGUCUGCCAGCCAACGUGCUACCAGAGAACUUCCUGUAUCUCCACUCCUGUCCAGGUAACUUGCAAUCGACAGACUACCUGCGUCUCCAAUCCCUGCUCUACUCCCUGUAGCAGGCCACUCACUUUCGUGUCCAGUGGCUGUCAGUCCUUGGGAGGCAUUUCCGGCUCCUGCCAACCAGUGGGAGGCGUCUCUGCUGUCUGCCAACCAGUAGGAGGCAUCUCUGCCGUCUGCCAACCAGUGGGAGGCAUCUCUACUGUCUGCCAACCAACCUGUGGAGUCUCCAGGACAUACCAGCAGUCCUGCGUGUCCAGCUGCCGAAGAACUUGCUAA